GCGGCGGCCAGGAGUUAACAGCUGCACCUGUUAGGUAUCCCCGCAGUCGCCGGCACCUGUCCCCGCAGCCAAUCAGCGCCCGCGCUGCCGGGAACCUAGCUGUCAGCAAAACCCCGACACCCAAACCUCAACAUAAAUCAAACACUGCCCUGGGCCGGGGAUGUCUGUGUCGGGCCCGCACUAGGGACGCGCGGUCAGCAGAGCCCCAGCGCCGCUCGGGUGGCCGCAGCCGGGAGCAGGAAGAUGUCGAAUGAACUUGACUUCAGGUCUGUGCGGCUGCUGAAGAACGACCCGGUCACCUUUCAGAAGCUCCCCUACACCAGCGAGGACGAGGCCUGGAGGACGUACCUGGAAAACCCCUUGACAGCCGCCACGAAGGCCAUGAUGAGAGUCAACGGGGACGACGACAGCGUGGCGGCCCUGAGCUUCCUCUACGACUACUACAUGGGCCCCAAGGAGAAGCGGAUACUGUCUUCUAGCACCGGGGGCCGAAAUGACCAAGGAAAGAGGUUCUACCACAGCAUGGAAUAUGACACAGACCUCAUGUCCCUCGAAAGCCCCACGCACCUCAUGAAAUUCCUAUCAGAGAACACGCCUGGAACCCCAGAGUACCCGGAUCUGCUCAAGAAGAACAGCCUGAUGAGCUUGGAGGCAGCUGUGCCCAACCCUGGCAAGGCAGCUCCCCUCCCCGCCGGCCCCAGCAAGCUGGAAGUGGGCUCUGAGGACAGCUACCUUUUGCCCCCCAGUGAUCUGUACGAUACCGGCUCCCUCAACUCCUUGUUUGAGAGCAUUCAUGGGGUGCCACCCACACAGCGCUGGCAGCCAGACAGCACCUUCAAAGAUGACCCUCAGGAGUCGCUGCUCUUCCCAGAUAUCCUGAAAGCAUCCCCGGAACCCCCGUGUGCAGAGGACUACCCUAGCCUCAAGAGGCCCAGUGUUCCUCCUUCCUCCUGGACUGAGGCCCAGCUCCUGCUCGCCCCUGCCUUGUGCCCACGUCCCUUCCCUCCUGACGCUCCUCCGGCUCCUGUGGUUUCAGCUGACUGCAAGGAGAACUUCAACACGGUGCAGCACAUCGAGGAGGUGGCCUACAACGCCCUGUCCUUCAUGUGGAAUGUCACCGAGGAGGCCAAGAUUUUCAUUGGCGUCAACUGCCUGAGCACAGACUUCUCCUCGCAGAAGGGGGUGAAGGGUGUCCCCUUGAACUUGCAAAUCGACACCUACGACUGUGGCUCUGGCACUGAGCGCCUGGUGCACCGUGCGGUCUGCCAGAUCAAGAUCUUCUGCGACAAGGGAGCUGAGAGGAAGAUGCGGGAUGAUGAGCGGAAGCAGUUCCGCAGGAAGGUCAAGUGCCCGGACUCCAGCAGUGGCAUCAAGGGCUGCCUGCUGUCGGGCUUCAGGGGCAACGAGACCACCUACCUGCGGCCUGAGGCCGACCUGGAGACCCCGCCGGUGCUGUUCAUCCCCAACGUCCACUUCUCCAGCCUGCAGCGCUCUGCAGGGGCGGUCACCUCAGCAGGACACGGCAGCUCCAACAGGCUGCCCCUGAAGCGCACCUGCUCGCCCUUUGCGGAGGAGUUUGAGCCUCUCCCCUCCAAGCAAGCCAAGGAAGAUGACCUUCAGAGAGUGUUGUUGUACGUUCGGAGGGAGACCGAGGAGGUGUUUGACGCCCUUAUGUUGAAGACCCCAGACCUGCAGGGGCUGAGGAAUGCGAUCUCUGAGAAGUACGGGUUCCCCGAAGAGAACAUUUACAAAGUCUACAAGAAGUGCAAGCGGGGGAUCUUGGUCAACAUGGAUGACAACAUCAUCCAGCACUACAGCAACCAUGUGGCCUUCCUGCUGGACAUGGGGGAGCUGGACGGCAAGAUUCAGAUCAUCCUGAAGGAGCUGUAGGGCCCACGCCCUCAAACCCAGACCCGGGAAGUGGCCCGUGCCACACCCAGCCUCUCUGCAUGCCUCAGUGCUGUUACUUGAAUGUGCUCCUUGAGGGAAGUGGCCCCCAAGUCACAGACCCCAGCCGUCAAGCCAGAAGGGACUCCGAGGGUCUCCCGAUCCGAACUCCAUCCUUGCUUGAAUCCUGCCAGUGCCCGCCCACCAGACGCAGCGCCCUGGUCAACACCCUCCCGGCCGGUCCCUCCUCACCGUCCCCUGCCGGCUGCCUUCAGAGGUGGAGCCCUCCCCCACAGGCCGCACAGCCGGCUGGACCCUGACAUGGCCCGCCCAACCCUGGCAUGGCCUGCUCCGGAUUCUUCCGUCAACUUCAGACUUCUCACCCUUUGGUCAGUUAACUUGAAAAUGCUUGAUUUUCAGUGCAAAUGACUUUUAAAAGACACUGUGGUGGCAACACCUCUUCCUCACUGACUUCUCAAGGCGAGAUGUACGUAACAGAGCUCUGGAACAAAGUGACCGCUGUCAACACUACCACCUUGCCAUCGCUGCUGUACACAUUUCUUAUCACAAGUUUCACUUAUGUUAUAUAUAUAAAUAUAUUGUAUGUAUAUAUGCAACGUUUUAUAUUUUUCAUGGAUACAUUUUUAUCAUUUCAAAAAAUGUGUAUUUCACAUUUCUUGGACUAUUUUUUUUAGCUGUUAUUCGAUUAUGCAUUUUGUAUACUCAUGGUAUUUAGUAAUAAAAGGCUCCCUAUGUAUUACCUCA